ACCGACAGAACAGAGUUACCAUUAAAUUACAAACACACAAUAUAGAGAAUAAUAACAAUAAAAAUACAGAUAACGUCGCUAGGUUUUGGUGAGCAUUACGCACAGCACUGAUUCACAAAGGAACCAAAAAGGGUGACAUUUAAUAACACUUUUAGUAGUUUUGUUACAAUUAUUAUAAGUUAAAAGAAAUGGGCGUGCUGACUAAGAAACCCAAGACUUUCGAGGUUCGGCUGAAUGAUCCGAACAAGCUCGUGUACGCCAGCGGAGAUAAAGUGGCCGGGCGUGUGAUAGUGGAGGUGUCGGAGGUGAUGCGCGUCUCCGCCGUCCGACUGUUCGGGAUCGGAUGCGCAAAAGUCGAUUAUACUAAAGGAAAGCAGCGCUGCAGAGAGGCGAUCGACUACCUGAAAUACGAAGAGGUUCUUCGGCUUGAUCAUCAACAGACAGAUACAGACGGCUCUGUCACUCUGCGGCCUGGAAACAGAUAUGAAUUCAUGUUCGGAUUUGAGCUUCCACAGGCAGGGUGCUUAGUUUCCUCAUACGAUGGGAAGUUUGGCUCAGUUCAGUACUACGUAAAAGCAGUCAUAGAGAAAUCAGGCCAGCCGUAUGCGGAAUGCAAGCAAUAUUUUGAGGUGGAGGAACCUAUUGAUGUGAACACCCAAGAACUGAUGCUUCCAGUUACAGGUGCAAAAGAGAAGAAAGUCACCUGCAUGUUUAUUCCCGACGGCAGCGUUUCCUUGGCCGGCCGCAUUGACCGGAAGGGUUACUGCGAGGGAGAAGACAUUUGCAUCAAUGCUAAGUUCGAGAACACCUGCUCUCGGAUCGUCAUUCCUAAAGCUGCCAUCAUGGCCAAGCACAUAUAUCUGGCGAACGGCCGCACCAAAGUGUUUUAUGAGAAGCUCACUUCGGUCAGGGGCGACCACAUCAUCUCCGGCAUGUGUGACAUAUGGCAGGGUCGAGUUCUUCGCGUGCCCAAGCUGAAGCCCACUGUCUUGGGCUGCGACAUCAUCCAUGUUGAUUACACACUGAGGAUCUAUGCGCAUAUCCCAGGCAGCGAGAAGCUGAUCCUUGAGCUGCCUCUGGUCAUCGGGACGAUCCCCUACAACGGCCUGAACAGUCGAACCAGCAGCAUGAGCAGUCAGGAUGGAAGUGUCACCUCCAGCACCUGCGUGUCCAUGCCAUCCUCUCCUCCCAGCUACAGCGAGAUCUCCCGGGACGACCGCUUGGACAGUUCCUUCGUCCCACUCUUGGACGAUUACGCCGAAGAUGACAGUCCUAUCUUCAUACGCAUGAGCGGGCACUGUCUACCCCCACCUCCGGCGUACACUGAGGUGAAUUGAAACUGCGGCAGAACAAACACAGUUCCUGACGAAAAGAUUCUGAUCUCGGAAAACAGAAGAACACUUUUACUCCGGAGCUGUGGUCUGUGAAAUGCUGUGGCGCAGCAAAUUGUGGUUGUUUGCAAGUUGGUGAUCCUUUAUUGAAGCUGUCACUUCUUGAAAAAUGAUUAUUCACAUCGUCAUGUACAUUACUGCGGAUCCUCAGCAUCUGAGAGAGUUUGUGGAUUUGUGAGAAGUUUUGCCAUAUUGGUAUAAUAAUUUUUCUGCUGUUAUUGCUGUUCCAAAUUGGAAAGUGAGCGUGAAAGUGAAGCGUUUUCUGAACACUCUUAAUAACUGCAAACAGUUUUGUUAAAAUAAUAUUGAACGUUGUAUUAUUUUGAUAUUUGCAAUGCCUUAUAUCGCAAUUUGCAUGUACUGUAUUUCUGAUUUGAUUUUUAAAUCAGAACAUUUAUAUAGAACAAUGAAUCGACUAAUUAAUCAAAUCUAAAUGUGUUAUUUGAAUUGUAUAUUUUUGCCUUUUUUAAUA